AUGGUAAAAUAUAUCGAGCAAAUCGGAAUUAUCCGAUCGGAUGUUGCCGGUAUCAAUGAAGGAAGCGUCGCCAGCUCGCGCCGCACAAUGGGAGGGCACACGUGCGCUAGGGGCCUUAUCACCCGUGUUGUUUGCACGGGAUUACUCGCCGCGGCGCGCGGCCGGUCCAUUGCCAAGUUCAAAGUGUCAAAGACUCUACAA